AUGUCGGCCAAGUUGAGCGGGUCCUCAGACGAUUCCAAUGGCACCUUGCGAGAAGCCUCGCCUCGUUUGCAGGAGGACGUAAACCAGAGACCGACGAAACGAUCAUUCGCGAGUAACUCCAAGGGAUUCGUUGCGGGCGUGUUCUCCGGCAUAGCCAAACUCUCUGUUGGGCAUCCUUUUGAUACAAUCAAGGUUCGUCUGCAGACCUCAGAAAAAGCAAAAUUUAAAGGACCGUUGGAUUGCGUGUUGCAGACGAUAAGAAGAGAAGGGGUAGCGGGACUCUACAAAGGUGCAACACCACCGUUGCUGGGAUGGAUGGCUAUGGACUCGAUCAUGCUGGGAAGCUUGACGCUUUACAGGAGGCUACUUCAUGAGAACGUUUUCUCCAAUCCAACAUUUCGCCUUGGAAAAUCGGCCGCAGAAUUAGCGAAUGAGAAGUUACCUGCCUUUGGCCAUGGGAUUGCCGGUCUCAUGGCAGGUUCAACCGUCUCCUUCAUUGCUGCCCCUGUCGAGCAUGUCAAGGCCCGAUUACAGAUUCAAUAUGCUGCCAAAAAGAAGGACAGGCUGUAUAGCGGGCCGAUCGACUGCACCAGGAAAAUCCUGCGUUUUCACGGAAUUCCUGGCUUAUACCACGGUCUCUGUGCGACCUUGCUCUUCCGCGCAUUCUUUUUUUGCUGGUGGGGCAGCUAUGACGUUUUAAGCACGCUUUUCAAACAGCAUACCUCACUCUCCACACCUGCUAUCAAUUUUUGGGCUGGCGGCUUGUCGGCACAGGUCUUCUGGCUCACUUCCUACCCCUCGGACGUCGUCAAGCAGAGAAUAAUGACGGAUCCGCUUGGUGGUGGGCUUCAUGAUGGAACUCCUCGGUUUCGACGUUGGAAAGAUGCUGCUGUCACAGUAUACAGGGAGUCGGGUUGGAGGGGAUACUGGAGAGGCUUUGUGCCCUGUUUUCUGCGUGCAUUUCCCGCAAAUGCAAUGGCGCUGGUGGCAUUCGAAGGCGUGAUGAGAGCCUUGCCUGAUUAG